AUGCGAUUAAUUGCUACAGGUAGAGCCUUGCGGCUGGGUCGCACGAGAUGGUCAAUUGGUCUCAUUAGCAACGGUAGUAGAGCUACCUACAACCUGUUCACUCCUGUUCAUCGAGAACGCCUGUCUUUCCGAUCCAUCACGACAACAAAAACAACAUUGCAGGAAGCCAAUACCGCUACAAAAUCCACGAUUGACGCAAAAUCACCGCAAGAAGAAAAGGUCACAAAUGUGGAGGGCAAGGCUUACCCAACUGAUCACUGGACAAAUGCACCUCCCAACAUUCUGUCGCACGUCCAACGCCGUAUCUAUCUCCAAGAAAACCACCCGCUGCACCUUACGAGAAAAUUAAUUGAGAGUCAAUUCCCAGCGCCUACAUACGGAAAUUACACUGAGAGCUUCCCUGUCGUUAGCACGGAGCAGAAUUUCGAUUCUCUGGGAUUCCCCCCGGAUCACCCAGGACGAAGUCGAACGGAUACCUACUACUUGAAUGAAAAGACGGUUCUUCGCACGCAUACGAGCGCGCACCAGGCAGACUAUUUUCGACGCAUGAACAACGAUGCGAAUAAAGAAGAAGGGUAUACUGUGGUUGCAGAUGUCUAUCGCCGAGAUGCAAUUGAUCGCAGUCACUAUCCCGUGUUCCAUCAGAUGGAGGGUGCGCGUUUGUGGGAACGGCCCGAGGGUAUGACAGCUACCGAAAGUGCUGCUAGGAUCUGGAAGGAUUUUGAAAAGCUUCCUUCGCAUGGCGUUGAGGUUGAGGAUCCCAACCCAGUCACGCACCCGGUACGCAACCCGCUUCAGUCAAAGUAUCAUUCCCAAGAGGAGGUCGAAGCGCUGGUAGCUCAUCUCAAAAGAACACUGGAAAAUGUGUUUGUCAAAAUCUUCAGCGAGGCUUCCAAAGCCGCCAACACGCCUCAAGAUCCCUUGAAACUUCGUUGGGUGGAAGCAUACUUUCCAUUUACAAGCCCGUCGUUGGAACUGGAGGUGUUUUGGCAGGGCGACUGGCUCGAGGUCCUCGGAUGCGGUGUCAUCAAGCAAGAUCUGCUCAACAAUUCCGGUGUGCCUGGUCGCAUCGGCUGGGCAUUUGGCUUGGGAUUGGAGCGUAUUGCCAUGCUUCUAUUCAACAUCCCCGACAUCCGUCUAUUCUGGUCGACAGACGCUCGUUUCAUAAGCCAGUUUAGCGAUGGCAAAAUAGUCCAGUUCCAGCCCUUCUCCAAAUACCCUGAAUGCUACAAGGAUGUCGCCUUUUGGCUAAGCUCGGCAUCUACCAGUGGUACAGGGGCCAGCGCUGCCGGUGGCGCCGUUCCUUUUCACGAUAACGAUAUGAUGGAAAUUGUGCGCAACUGUGCCAAGGACAUUGUCGAAGACGUCAAGCUCGUGGACGAAUUUGUGCACCCAAAAACCGGGAGGAAAAGCCUUUGCUACCGAAUCAACUAUCGGAGUUUGGAACACACGUUGACCAAUAAGGAAGUCAACGAUGUCCAUGAAAAGGUGCGAACCAGCUUGAAGGAAAGCAUGGGGGUCGAAUUAAGAUAG